UUUUAAAUGGAACAAGCAUGAACACAAGUUCAAUAAAAAUAUGAUAACCAUUUAAAUAAAUACGUUUGUUAAUGAUGUUACAAGGUUACAAUAUUGUGUUGUUAGAGAAGCUGUUUGCGCAACUCUCCUAUAAGGUAUUAUGUCGAUUAUAUCGCCUUGUGGGAUUAGUAAAUGGGGUGGGUUAUGAUAAAAUAAUUGACAUUGUUACAUUGCAGCCAGUGAUUAACAUAUAUGAAAAAUAUAAUAAUAUUAGAAAGGUUCAAUCAUUAAUAAUUUUUUUUUAUCUUUGUGCAGCAGAAGAACCAUAAGAGUUUUGUGAGACCUUCCUGUGUAUCAGUGAUGUGUCCCAAGCCUUUUGUAUUCAUGAUGCUGAUGGUUAUUGCACUACUACCUUCUUGCCAGCCUGCAUCAGCUGUGAAACGGAUCACAUUAUUCCGACACAAAAUGACACUUAAGGCGGACAGUCGGAAUCUGAUCCCAUGUAUGUUCUACCCAGACCAUGCCAUCGAUCCAGCUGUUCUUCAGUUAGAAUGGGGUAAAAUUCCCGUAGGUGGGGGGGAGUACACCCCUUUAAUCCACCUUUCCAACGGCAGAGUACAAACCUUCCAUGACAACAGUAGGAAGUACCAGCUUUUUGUUUCUCUGGUGCCGAGUGGGAACUGUACAUUGAUCAUCGAUGACACUGAUACGUCGGACGGUGGAACUUAUGAAUUGUGGAUGUCGGUGAAUAAGGUUGUGUAUAAGCCCGCUUCCAAGAUCAAAAUCGACAUUUUGGAUGACAAGAAACCUUCUUCUCGGGCAUUUUGGUCCGACAUAACCAAAAAACUGAAAGAUAAAUUGAAGGGAGAAGCAGAAACGACUACAAAUACUCCAAUUACUACAGAUACUCCAAUUACUACAGAUACUCCAAUUACUACAACUACUACAAAAACGGCUUCACAAACUCCAAAUACUCCAACUUCUAGAACUACUCCAACACCUACUAGAGCUACUAUAAAAGCGCCGACUACUACUACUACAACCAGUAUAAUGACUAGUACAGAGCCGGCAGUUGCAAACAGUGAUGCUGUCGAGAGGGCGUUAGUUAUAUCGGUGAUGGUGAUUGGACCGAUUCUUGUGAUAACCUCAAUCAUAUCAGGAGUUGGAAUUUAUAUGUAUGUGACACUGAGGAAGAAACGUUCAUCUAGAGAUGUAGAAACCCCAGAAGUGAGCACACUAGCAGCACAGCCCCCCAGUACAUGCACUGUUCAAAUUGAGAAUGAAACUCAAUCUGAUGGUGAAAAGGAGACUGAGGAAGAGGAGUGUGAAGAAGAAGAAACUAAUGAUGAGGAGUGUGAUGAAGAAGAAACUAAUGAUGAGGAAUGUGAAGAAGAAGAGAUUGAGGAAGAGGAGUGUGAAGAAGAAGAGACAGAGGAAGAAGAAACAGAAAAUAUCUGAUAAACCUCCGUGAUCUAUUAAAGGAGACGGAGAUGAAGAAAACAAUAAAACUGAUGA